CUUCGCAUUCUCACAAGUGUCCCACCAAAUCCACCGUUCCCAUUUUCUCCACUAAACACAUAAAACAAAUUACUUUCUAUAUAAAUCCCCACCAAACUACAUAAUCUCCCAUCAAAUUAACAUUAUAACUCAAUCAAUUAAUCCCCUCGCCAUGGAUCCCUCUACUGCUAUCUCCCCAACUCCAUCCUCACAGUCUAACAUCCUUCUCCCUCCUCUUCUUCUCGCCGGCGGCAUCGUAGCCGGCGUUGCCGUGUUGCUAAUGGGCUUCCAUUUUCUCCUCAAAAAGCAUCGCCAUGGGGAACUCGACACUUCACCGGUGAAGUUUGCCGGAGAUGAUGUGAAGAAGGUUCUAAGCUCCAUUCCUGUUCUAUGUUACACAAAGAACGAGCUUUCUCUCACGCAAAUUAAUUAUUCCGAGUGCUCGGUUUGCCUCUCGGGGAUUGAAGAAGGAGAAAAAGUUCGUAUCUUGCCGGGCUGCGGCCAUGGGUUUCACGCUCGGUGUAUCGAUGCUUGGCUUCGGACUCGGCUGAGCUGCCCUGUUUGUCGUUUGGCUGUCACGGCGCCGCCGGUGGUGUGUGUGGAGAUGCCUUUAGACGUGGAGGAAGGGGGCGGCGGCAAUGCUGCGGCUGCCGGAAAGCAUGAGGAUGAUUGUAGCCUUCCGGUGUGAUGAUGUCUAUAGAAUGCUGAUUGAUGCAUGAUAUUUUUGUAAAUGAAUACAUUUUUCUCGAAAUUGUAAGAUCUUAAGGU